CUUCGACGUGGAGAAUGGCUCGUCCCCAAGUCGCAGCCCGCUGGACCCGCAGGCCAGCUCCUCCUCGGGACUGGUGCUGCACACCACCUUCCCGGGCCACAGCCAGCGCAGGGAGUCCUUCCUCUACCGCUCCGACAGCGACUACGACCUGUCACCAAAGACCAUGUCCAGGAACUCUUCUCUCCCAAGCGAACAGCACGGAGACGACCUGAUUGUCACACCUUUUGCCCAGGUGCUGGCCAGUCUACGAAGCGUGAGGAACAACUUCACACUCCUCACCAAUUUGCACGGCACCUCCAACAAGAGAUCUCCCGCCACGAGCCAGCCGCCUGUCUCCAGGGUUAACCUGCAAG